AUGCCUAUCAACGUCGGAAUCAACGGCUUCGGUCGUAUCGGACGUAUUGUCUUCAGAAAUGCUGUCGAGCACGACGAUGUCCACGUUGUUGCCGUCAACGAUCCCUUCAUUGAGCCCACAUAUGCCGCAUACAUGCUCAAGUAUGACUCUACACACGGUCAAUUCAAGGGCACAAUCGAGGUCAAGGGUGAUACCUUGGUCGUCAAUGGAAAGAGCGUCAAGUUCUACACCAAGAGAGAUCCUUCCGAGAUCCCAUGGUCUGAGACCGGUGCAUACUACGUUGUCGAGUCCACCGGUGUCUUCACCACCACUGAGAAGGCCUCUGCCCAUUUGAAGGGUGGUGCUAAGAAGGUUGUCAUCUCCGCUCCUUCAGCUGAUGCUCCUAUGUUCGUCAUGGGUGUCAACGAAGAGACAUACACCUCCGACAUCCCCGUCAUUUCCAACGCCUCCUGCACGACCAACUGCCUUGCUCCCCUUGCAAAGGUUGUCCACGACACUUUUGGCAUCAAGGAAGGUUUGAUGACCACUGUCCACUCGUACACCGCCACCCAGAAAGUCGUCGACGGCCCUUCCGCCAAGGACUGGAGAGGAGGCCGUACCGCUGCUCAGAACAUCAUCCCCAGCAGCACCGGUGCCGCAAAGGCUGUCGGAAAGGUCAUUCCUUCUCUCAAUGGCAAGCUGACCGGCAUGUCGCUCCGUGUCCCUACUCCCAAUGUCUCCGUCGUCGAUCUCACCGUCACCCUGGAGAAAUCUGCCACCUAUGACGAGAUCAAGAAGGCCAUCAAGGAUGCCUCAGAGGGCAAACUCAAGGGCAUUCUCGCAUACUCCGAGGACGACCUUGUCUCCACCGAUUUGCUCGGAGACAACCACUCGUCCAUCUUCGACGCAAAGGCCGGUAUUGCCCUCAACGACCAUUUCAUCAAGCUUGUCUCAUGGUACGACAACGAGUGGGGCUACUCCCGCCGUGUCCUCGAUCUCUUGGCCUACAUUGCUAAGAAGGAUGGCAAUGCUUAA